GGGGGGGGCCCGGCCGCCGGGCUCGGAAGAUGGCGAACGUGCUGCUGCACUUCCAGGCCAGCGCCGGGGAGGCGGACCCGCAGAGCCGGCCGCUGCUGCUCCUCGGCCAGCUGCAGAACCUGCACCGGGUGCCCUGGAGCCACCUGCGGGGCAAGCUGCAGCCCCGGGUCACCGAGGAGCUAUGGCAAGCCGCUUUAAGCACGCUCAAUCCAAACCCCACAGAUAGCUGUCCCCUGUACUUGAACUACGCCACGGUGGCUGCUCUCCCUUCCAGGGUGAGCCGCCACAACAGUCCAUCGGCCGCACAAUUCAUCACUCGUCUCGUAAGAAACUGUCUUCCAGGAGGUGCUAACAGGUGUAUUAUGAUGGUUUGUGAGCGUUCUGAAGUGUUUGCAUCUGCCUGUGCUCUGGCUCGGGCAUUCCCCCUGUUCACACACCGCUCCAGCGCGUCGAGACGCACGGAGAAGAAGACGGUCACGGUGGAGUUUUUCCUGGUGGGGCAGAACAACGGACCGGUUGAAGUAUCAACACUGAAAUGCUUGGCAAGUGCAACUGAAGGUGUGAGGCUGGCAGCUCGCAUCGUUGACACUCCAUGUAAUGAGAUGAAUACUGAUAACUUCAUCGAGGAAAUUAAAAAAGUUGGGAAAGACUUGGGGAUUGUUCCCAACAUCAUUCGGGAUGAAGAACUGAAGAAGAGAGGUUUUGGAGGAAUUUACGGCGUUGGAAAAGCUGCCUUACACCCACCUGCUCUAGCAGUUCUCAGCCACACACCCGAGGGGGCCACUCAGACCAUUGCAUGGGUGGGCAAAGGCAUUGUGUACGACACUGGGGGCCUCAGCAUUAAAGGGAAGACAACCAUGCCAGGCAUGAAGAGGGACUGUGGAGGAGCUGCUGCUGUUUUGGGAGCCUUCAAAGCUACAGUCAAGCAAGGCUUCAAAGACAACCUUCAUGCUGUGUUCUGCCUGGCUGAGAACUCGGUGGGGCCUAAUGCCACAAGACCUGAUGAUAUCCACGAGCUGUAUUCGGGAAAGACUGUGGAAAUUAACAAUACCGACGCAGAAGGCAGGCUGGUGCUGGCCGACGGAGUCGCCUAUGCCUGCAAGGACCUGGGAGCUGAUAUAAUCCUCGACAUGGCAACUCUCACAGGAGCUCAGGGAAUCGCUACAGGGAAAUACCACGCCGCCGUCCUCACAAAUAGCGCAGAGUGGGAGGCGGCCUGCGUGAAGGCUGGAAGGAACUGUGGAGACCUGGUGCAUCCCCUGGUCUACUGCCCCGAGCUGCACUUCAGUGAAUUCACCUCUGCUGUAGCCGACAUGAAGAAUUCUGUGGCGGACCGGGACAACACCCCAAGCUCUUGUGCUGGGCUCUUCAUUGCAUCUCACAUUGGCUUUGAUUGGCCUGGCAUCUGGGUCCACCUAGAUAUUGCAUCUCCAGUCCAUGCAGGUGAACGAGCCACGGGCUAUGGCGUAGCCCUCUUGCUGUCUCUGUUUGGCCAGGCCUCUGAUGAUCCACUGCUGAACCUGGUAUCUCCUUUGGGGGGGGAUGUAGACUCUCAGGGUGACGACAUGGAGCGUGAUUCAAAGAGAAGACGUCUGGUGUAGGGUUCUCUUGGCCACCGGCUAAUGGAGUGAUGAUGCAGUAUCUAUUACCUCACUUUGCACUGAUUAAUGUUAAGCAAUUGAAAGAUUACACAUUACAGAUGGGAAUUUUUUUUCUGUCGAUUGUUAUUUCCUACUUUGUGAAAAAAAAAAAGCCUAUUCUUUCAUUUGGGGUUUGUUUAUUUCUUCUGUUUUGGGUUUGUUUUUCUAAUUCACGGAUUUCACAGUUUACCUAAUAAUUGUGCCCUUUGGCUUUGCAGACUUCCACUAACUCCUGAGAGCAAAGACAAAUAUUGAACAUUGUACAAUUUCACGUUGUUACUUAAAUGCAUGCCAAGCUCUGGGGCUAAACAGUUGGAGCUGUUGCUCCGCCCUAAGAUCUGGUUUCCCUCAGCUGAGCCAUGGUUCUCCAGGCCCAAGGUUCUUCAGAAAACUCCAUGGUGACCUUUCUGCUCUCUCCAAGUGCACCGGUGAGGAAGGAGCAGUUUGUGCCAGGUUGCCAGCUCGUUUCUCCAGCAGCAGAGGUAGUUAUGCUUAGCAGAUUAUAGCCAAAUUAAAGCCUAAAGGUAUCUUGUCUUUUGUGAGUGAGGUGCCACACCUGCCUCCUUCCCUUGCGUGUGCCAGAUAAGCCACUACCCACUCCAGGCAACGCGAGCUACUGACACCAGAGAGAACCGUAAAGAGCUCCGAACUCUAAAUAAGAUCAAUCUGUAGCGUGAAAUGACUAUUUAGAAUUCUUUUAAGGUUUUAUUAAAUCCAGCUGCAAAAAUC